GAUUUCCUCUCCUCACUUCUCCUCCUCCUCCUUAUCUCCACCCCACAGCACCAGAGACUGUGGAUCAGCUCACACAGUGAAUACAAAUACUGUGGGAGCCGCCGCCUACAGCUCUGACUCCAGGUCAGCUUCAGGACCUUUUACCUGACUACAGCUGUGUCUCAGUCCAGUGAGAGUUCAGGCUCUGAAGUCACCAUGGUGGACAGCAUGGACAUGGAGAAGCAACAGAAGCGCUACUGCAUCCGUGGUAAGCAUGCAGUCAUCAUAUGUGUGACGGUGGUGGUGUGCUCUUUGGCGGUGGGCCUCGGGGUGGGCCUCUCCAAGCCAGACACCACCACCCCCUCCAUCCCGCCCCCCACAGCAGAGCCUCCCCAGCCCCCUCCGCCUGGCAGAGGGCCUUGCACGCCUUCCACCGACUCCAGCGGGGACUGGAAGAAUUUCCGUCUGCCCAACUAUGUGAAGCCGGUCCACUAUGACCUGCUCCUGGAGCCGGACCUGGUCGACGACACCUACACGGGCACUGUGGACAUCCAAUUAGAGGUCAACAAGCCCACCCGCCAUCUGUGGCUCCACAUCAGGGAGACGUUUGUCAGCGCCAUCCCCAGACUGAAGAUGCUGAAUGGCCAGGGGGGGCAGAAGGAGAUCCCAGUGAAGAGCUGCUUUGAAUACAAACCUCAGCAGUACGUGGUGGUGGAGGCCGCAGAGGAGCUGCCCGUCACCGGACCAGGGGAGCAGUACGUGCUGAGCCUGGACUUCCAGGGCUGGCUCAACGGCUCCGUGGUGGGGUUCUACAGGGUCAUCUACAACGAGGAGGGGGUCACUAAAAAAAUUGCUGCAACUGAUCAUGAGCCAACAGACGCCCGCAAGUCGUUCCCCUGCUUCGAUGAGCCCAACAAGAAGGCCACGUUCAAGGUCUCCAUUGUUCAUGAUGCUCAUUAUGAAGCUCUGUCCAACAUGCCAGUCGAGGGCACCCCUCAAAAUCUGCUUGACAACAAACUGAAGACAUCUUUCGAGAAGUCCAUCCCAAUGAGCACCUAUCUGGUGUGUUUCGCAGUGCACCAGUUUAAACACGUGGAAAGAAAAUCUGCUCGAGGAAUUCCUCUGAGGAUUUAUGCUCAGCCCAGUCAGCUGAAAACAGCAAAGUAUGCAGCCGACACCACCAAGGUCAUCUUUGAUUACUUUGAGGAAUACUUCAACAUGACGUACUCCAUCCAAAAACUGGAUAAGAUAGCCAUCCCUGACUUUGGGACCGGUGCCAUGGAGAACUGGGGCCUGAUCACCUACAGAGAGACCAACCUGCUGUAUGAUGAGAGCCAGUCUUCCUCCUACAACAAGCAGCGAGUGGCCAGUGUUAUCGCCCACGAGCUGGUUCACCAGUGGUUUGGGAACAUAGUGACGAUGGACUGGUGGGAUGACCUCUGGCUGAAUGAGGGCUUUGCCAGUUUCUUUGAGUACGUUGGUGUGGAGAGAGCUGAACCUACAUGGGGCAUGCGAGACAUCAUGAUCAUCAGCGACGUGCUUCCUGUGAUGGUGGAUGAUGCCCUCCUCUCCUCUCACCCAAUCAUUGUGAACGUGUCCACCCCAGCAGAGAUCACCUCCGUGUUUGAUGGCAUCUCAUACAGCAAGGGAGCGUCCAUUCUUCGGAUGCUGGAGGACUGGAUGGGUAAAGACAUGUUCAGAGACGGCUGUCGGAAAUAUUUGAAAGACUACUACUUCAAUAACGCCAAAACAGCCAACUUCUGGGCAUCACUUGCCAGUGUGAGUGGCUUGCCUGUUGCAGAGGUGAUGGACACAUGGACCAAUCAGAUGGGUUAUCCUGUGCUGGACCUGUCUGUCUCAGAGACGAAUGCCAAACUGAGCCAGAAGCGUUUCCUCCUGGAUCCUCAAGCUGAUGCCAGCCUGCCCCCCUCACCUCUUGGGUACAAAUGGAUGAUCCCAGUGAAAUGGCACUCUGUGAAAAGUGACAAGAAUAUGUUGUCCAUGUUUAACAAGAGCAGCACAGAGCACGUCAUCAGUGACUACUCUCCCUCUGUGGACGGUCUGCUGAAAGUCAACAAUGAUCACAUUGGAUUCUACAGAGUCAACCACGACAACCUCAUGUGGACCGCCAUCAGUCAGCAGCUUCAGAACAACCACACGGAGUUUGACGCUGCUGAUCGUACGAGCUACAUUGAUGAUGUUUUUGCACUUGCAAGGGCAGACAUCAUAGAUUAUGGUAAUGCCUUCAAUCUCACCAUGUACCUGAAGAAUGAGACUGAUUACAUUGUCUGGGACCGCCUGGCCUCCUCUAUCGCCUAUGUCCGGGACAUGCUGUCAGGCAACGCUACGAUCUACAAGAAGUUCCAGAAACUCUUCCGUGAUCAUGUGAAACAAAUCUCUACACAACUUGGAUGGAAUGAUACUGGCACACAGACAGAGAGGUUACUGAGGGAGACCGUGCUCAGUCUGGCCUGCCAGAUGGGGGAUGAAGAGGCUCUGAAAGAAGCCUCUCGUAUCUUUGACCAAUGGAUCGAUGGAGGUCUCGGCAGCGUGGCGGUGAACCUCAGGCUGCUGGUCUACCGGUACGGCAUGAAGAACUCCGGCAAUGUGGCCAAGUGGAACACCAUGUUCCAGAAGUACAAAGACUCGUCUCUGGCUCAGGAGAAGGACAAGCUGCUGUAUGGACUGGCUUCUGUGGAGGACGUCCACCUUCUCUACAAGCUCCUGGAGGCCACCAAGAAUGAGAACGUGGUGAGGAGUCAGGACCUGUUCACCGUGGUGCGCUACGUGUCCUUAAACCCCCUGGGACAGAGCAUGGCCUGGGACUGGACCACACUGAACUGGGACUAUCUGGUCAACAGGUACACCAUCAACGACAGGAACCUCGGUCGUCUGCUCAGUCGAAUCACCACCACCUACAACACAGAGCUCCAGCUGUGGAAGAUGGAGCAUUUCUUCGGUCUGACUCCAGAUGCUGGAGCUGGGGAGAUGCCCCGGAAGCAGGCCCUGGAGACGGUGAGGAACAACAUCGCGUGGAUCAGGAGGAACGGGGGCGAGAUCGCGGGCUGGCUGGAGGCCAACGUGGCCUGAGACAGCAGCAGUGACUGGAGACAGGAACUCUGUAACUGAAGGACCAGAUCAUCACAGUCCCCUGCUGCUGUACAUGUGGUCUUCUCCCAGUCAGUACGUACUGUACACGGGGAGUUCAGGCUGAGAUUAGGUUCUGUUUGAGGAGGGGGGGGGGGGCAACAGUAAAAACAAAUAACCACUUUCUUUCUUAUGAGUUCUUUACAUCAGUUAAAUUCAUUCCUCAACAGAUCUAAGUCCAAGUCUGUGAUCCACAAGAGUCCACGUCCAGUCUCAGUCCAGUCAGCAGAAACAGUCAUGUUGUCAUUUACUACUGCUGUCACUAAUUAAACAGUGAGCUCCUGUUUCAUGUAAAUUAACUCUGAUAGUUGUUGUACUGUGUUCUCUUAUCAUGUCGGUAAGAAGGUUGUUAUUGAUCACUGAAGAUCUCUCAUCUCUACUAACAAUCAUUUCUGAUCCUGAAGGAUAUUUAUAGUCUCUUCAAUAUUUUUUUGUAAAACUUUAACUUAUAUAUAUAA